AUGAACAGCAUCAGAAGUAGUAGACGCCUAUUUAGCUGCUGUAGCACUGUCUUGAGAGCUAACAAGGCUGCUGCUCGUACAAUUCCAAGCCCAAGUGAGCAAGUCCCAACAGUGGAAGCAUUUUUAGGAAAAAUCGGCCGGAAAUGCGAUGAGCAUAGUGAUCUUUUCGAGAAUAAGUGGGAAAACUUGUUUUCAUGGGAUACCAGGAUAUUGAAGGAGAAAGGAGUGGGUCCGCAACAGCGCAAAUAUAUCAUGAGCCAGGUGGAGAGACUGCGGAAGAAAGAGCCAAUCAGAGAGAUCAAAGAAGGCAAGAAGUCGUUCUUGGGCGGCGAGCGCGAUCGCAAGGAGAAUGUGGCCAAAAUGCGUGCCGAGCAGCGAAAUGCCUAA